AUGUACGAUAAAAAAUAUGACAUAUUACUACUGGGGUGUACAGGAUAUACCGGUCAAAUGGUGUUAGAAUAUUUUUUGGAAAAUUAUGAGAAAAAGAUCAAAAGUGAAGAAAUAAAGCUAUUAUGUGGUGUUAGGAAUAUAAAAAAACUAGACACCUUUCUGUAUACUAUAAAAGAGAAAAAUGAUGUUAUAUUAAAAAAAAUAAAUAAAAAAGAAAUAGAUAUUAAUAUUUAUGAAUCAAUUUUAAAUUGUUGUAAAAUAUCAAAAGUAGUAAUAAGUACGAUAGGACCUUAUAUCUUAUAUGGAUACAAUAUAGUAAAAGCUUGUGUAGAAGGGGGUUGUCAUUAUGUAGACGUGUGCGGUGAACAUAAUUUUAUAUUAAAUAUAUAUAAAGAAUUUAAUAAUAUAGCAAUAGAAAAAAAACUUAAAAUAAUUCACAGUGCAUCGUUUAUCUCUGCCAUUAGUGACAUAGGUAACUUUAUUAUGCAAGAAGAAUUUUUUCGACAGUAUAAAAAAACAUGUCCAGUCAUAAAAAUACGUUUGUGUAAUGAGGGCAAUAAUUUAAGAACUAUUGGAAAAACAACUAUAAAAAGUGCUUUACUUUUUAAAAAAUAUAUAAAAAAUAAUUAUCAUAAAUAUUAUUUAUGUGAUAAUAAAUAUGAUGUACAAUAUAAAGUUAGUGGGAAUAAUUAUUUAAAAAAACCAAAAGAAAUACAUACAAAUUCUUUUCUUGAUUAUGAAAAGGAAUUUGGUUAUUGCUUUGAUACAUCUUAUUCUAAUAUAGAAGAAGCUUAUGUAUUAUGGUCUAAUUAUUUAUUAAAUUAUAAGUAUGGAAAAGAUCUAGUUAUUAAUUAUAAACAAUAUGAUACACAUUUAAGUACAUCCAUGUAUAUUUUUAAGAAAGUAUGUGGCAAGAUAUUUAAUUUUUUUCAAUCCUUUUUUUUUAUGGAUUAUUUAAUAAAUAAAUAUAUUGAUUUGUUUUAUAAACCCAAGACUAUGAAUGAAUUGAAAAAAGCAUAUUGGAAAUGUAUAAUUGUUGGAGAAGAUAAUGAUAACGAUGAAGAAAAAAAAAAGAAAAGCAUUUAUUUAUAUUUAAGUGGGAAAAAUGAAGACCCUGGAUAUUUGUUAAGUGCAAAAAUUAUUUCAGAGUCAGCUAUUUCUUUAUUAAAAGAAAACGAUUUGCCAAAAACAUUUGGAGUAAUUUCUGUGUCUGUAGGUCUUGGCAACGUUUUGGUAGAGAGGCUAAAGAAGGCCUCCAUACACAUGUCCAUAGAAAAAUGA